UUGGUACGAACAAUGGAGCAGCACCAUGGUUCCAUCAAAAUACAGAUUUCAUGCUGCUACGGGUAAAUCAUAUCUUUGCAURUCAAUAAGUGACCUGCCGUUGUGGUCAAAUCGUUCAAGAGCUAGUAAUUAUGAAGCGUGUAUAUAAUAUCCUAGUUAUAUCAUGUUGAAUGGGGAUUGGCCCGAAGUCAUUAUUUCUAACGAGAUUGACAGGGAUCCUUGUUCGUAGARCAGUGAAAUGCCGUUCAACCRAGAUCUAAUCAGUUCCUGUGGGGAAAGAGUUUAAACCAUCGUUGCGAAGAUAUGGAUACAUUACUUCGAAGUGUAAAAUGGUGCUUCGUGUUGCUCUCACUUCUCAUAUCGACACCUGUCAAYGCGGAAGGAAUUUACAAAGACGGCAAAGUGAUUAUAGGUGCUCUGUUAACAGUUCGACAUAAAAACUCCGAUGACUCGUGUGGAGAUUUGAAGCCUCAAGGUCUUGCUUAUGUUGAAGCGKUGCUAUAUGCCAUCGAAACAAUAAACAAAGAUAAAUCCCUCUUACCCAAUGUGACUUUAGGCUAUGACAUCAUGGAUAGUUGUGAUAGUCCUGCCUUGGCAAACAGCUUGGCUUUUGACUUCGUCACUAGAAAUAAAGCUACCAAACUUAGGUACGAAGUAAACGACACAGCUGGAAGCUUUCAAAAGUACUUCGGGGUUCUUCGGAAACCAAUUGCAGCUGUGAUCGGCACUGGAGACUCCAGUAGCUCUGUCGUUGUCGCCAGUAUGUUGCACAUUGAUGAUAUUCCUCAAGUCAGCCCGUUUGCCACUAGUGAGGAACUAAGYCUKCCUUAUUUCAAAACGUUUUUCCGGCCAGUUCCACCAGACGGACAACAGGCCAAGGCUCUUGCCGAUGUURUUGACUAUUUUAAAUGGAAAUAUGUAUACGUUGUUGGUGUGGACACAUCGUAUGGGAGAUAUGGACUYAUGGCCCUCGAAAAUGAGGCAUUGGAAAGAGGCACGUUUUGCAUUUCUCAAAUUUCUUACUUUCCACCRUCUGGUUACCAACAAAAGAUGAAAACAAUCGUCUCAAAAAUCAAACUAGCRGCGAAUGUAAAAGUGAUAGUCUUAUGGGGGGGCCCAACUACUUCGCUUCACUUCAUAGAAGAAGCAUACAGACAGGGAAUUACCGGACGCACAUGGCUUGCGCCCGAGGGUUGGUCCGAGGCAACACCUCUGUUUAAGGACAAAUAUAUGCAAAUAAUUGGCGGUUUUGUGGGGACAAAGCUUCGAAAUUAUAACUUAGAAGGAUAUUUUCGCCAUUUAACUAGCUUGAACUAUUCAUCAGCAAGAGUUCAGAACCAYACUUGGUGGAAAGAGUACUGGAUGCUUCAGCAAAAAUGUAAAAACGCAUUGACAUGCAACUUUGAAAACUUCCACAUCACAAAGCAACGAUAUGAAGAUAUGUAUACUGCGUACCUUGCUUACGUCAUAGACGCAGUGUACGUUAUUGCGCAUGCCAUAGAUGCGAUAUACCGCUGUCAGGAAAGUUCAAGAAGUGACUGCCCAAAGACCGAACCAUUUAUUGAUACAAAAGACAUUUUAAAGUUCAUGGGAAAUGUUACUUUUGAAGGAAUAACUGGCAAAGUCGAAUUUGAUAAAAAUGGAGACUCUAUAAGCUCUGCUGCUUAUGAUAUUGUUAAUUUACAUGAUGGUGAUGUUGCACCUUUGUUGAGGAUAAUCGGCAACUGGGAUCGAGGAAAGRCAAGGCGAUUAAACAUAAACAACAAUUCAUUGUAUUGGAACAAYGGUUCUAAAGAAGUUCCAGAAUCGGUAUGCAUUAAACCAUGCCCGCCGGGUUACAUGCAGACAGCGACAGUGGCAUGCUGCUGGAAGUGUAUCCGCUGUCCUAUUGGUUUUAUAAGUCAAUUUUACAGCUCUUCGAACUGUACCGAGUGUCCUAUAGACAAAAUGCCUGACCAAGAUCGAACUGAAUGUAUUGAUUUGCCWGAAGUGAAUGUCUCAUUUGGUGAUUCUCARGCCAUUGCUCUUCUUGUGGUUGCGGGKAUAGAGUUCAUUUUAGUUCUUUUUGUCCUUGYYAUCGGUUUUAAGUACCGAAAUACUCCAAUUGUCAAAUCUUCUAAUCGAGAAAUGAGCGUCUUAUUUCUGUUUGGUAUAGUUAUUGGUAUAGUAACUGGAGUCAUCCUCCUGGCUCGUCCAACACCCUUGAUGUGUUAUUUCAACAAUCCACUACACGCCCUCUACUACACGCUAUGCUUAUCCAUUCUGGUCGUCAAGACGAACCGUUUGGUUCGAGUGUUUGAAUUCACAUUCGUCUCAUCACGAAUAAGUCAGCUCUGUAAUGGUAARAACGCGCAAUUUGUAAUUCUGUUCCUCUUGAACGGAAUAGCAAUAGUACUGGUGACCUUAUGGCACGUACUAGACCCACCUUAUGUUCACGUUACAAUAGAGCGAUUAAAAUCGAAGCAUUUAGGCUGCAAGGGUCAUAAGGAAACUCUUGGCGUCGCUCUUCAAGGAUCAUUGUAUGCCUACCAGUUGGGUCUGUCCGUCUUCUGUGCUUACUAUGCCUUCAAGGCCAGGAAUCUUCCAGCAAACUUCAGUGAAGCACGYUAUAUUGCCUUCGCAAUGUAUAUGCAGCUUCUAUGUUCGAUAUGCUAUGCAACAUUGCAAAACAGCGUAGAAGGAAACUUCUUGACUACCUUCUCGUCUGCAAUCAUCAUAAUAAGCUCUUUUGGGUUUCUCGUCUGUAUGUUUGCUCCAAAGGUUUAUAUCAUUCUGAAAUUCCCUGAGAAAAACACAGCGGAAUAUGUGAAAGCUUUGGURGCAAAUCAUUCYCUUCAAAGGAGCUUUAGUCAAGUGAACGUAAAACCGGACACUAAAUUUAAGACGACUGCAGCAAAACUCAAAUCACAACGAGAAAACAUCAAUUCUUCUUUAUCCACCAUGUCUACCACAGACGGCGUUAAGGACGAUUCAAAGAAAAUGAAAUCUGYUUCUUUUCAAAACAUCGUAGAGGAGGUAAUGGAGACUAGUAAGAAACCCAAUGGUGUUGCUAAAGGAACUGAGAUCUGCAACGGCAGUAUCAAUCCUAAGGAUGCAUUAAAUCGGMAAUCAAAUGGCAAAAUCCCCGAUACUGUUGUCAAGGAACAGAGAAACCCCGAURUUUCAUUAAAUGCCGGCAUUUGUGAAGCAAACUCUUCCGACCAACAAGAAAUUAAUAUUUGGCAGUUGAACACAAGUCCAUUGUAUCCCUCCAACAAUAAGCAAGCAGCAGUUUCAAAAAGAAACGGGUAUCAAAACGGCGGCAUCGUGCUCGAUACACCUCCAAUAUUAGAACUACAGACAUCAGAUCGUGAAGACUAUGAAACACGCUUGUAAUGAUUAACGAUAAAAAUGCGGCAUAACGGAGACGCUUUUGUAAAUACUUUGUAAUUAAUGACACUACAAAUAGCUAUUUAUUUCCAAUUUGAAUCUUAUCUGCACGAAAAAGCGUCUUUCGAAAUUUCCAAUGCGUAACAAAAAC